AGCGUUUUUUUUUUUAUAAAAUUCUUCCUUUAGCCGGUGCUUUUGGCAGUGUCUCUGUUCAAUCUUUUCAUGACAGAAUCAGAAUUCUUCCUCUCUUGACUUUUUAUUCUUCUUCUUCAGCUUUCUUCGUCGUCUUCUAUCUCAUUCUUUUUCAUUGUUUGCUUUUUCAGAUUCAUUCUGCUUAUAAAACCAUGAAUCAGCUUCGAUUAUCCUCGCCUUGUCUUCAGCCUCAUCCAAAACGUCCAAUCGCCUCCAUUAAUUGCGGCUUUUUGCUCCCCCAACCCUAAAUUUUCCUCUCUCUAUCUCGCCUUCAUCUUCUUUCCUUUACUCUUAAAUCCCAUGUCCGCUUCUGAAACCCCAUCGCAAUCCAAUCCUCCCGAUUCCGGCCCCGUAAAACCCUCAACCCCACUCGUCACCUUCCUCCAACGCGUCCAGAAAACCGCACUCAACACCUUCGGCUCCUCCGGUUUCGAUCCAAAACGGUACGUCGACUUGUCCCUGAAAUUCGACCUAUCGACGACCGAGAAAGCCUUCAACAGCUUGCCCAGAUCCAAAAACGGGUCAGUUCCCGUUGAAGCUUUGCAGGAUUACUUGGGGAAAUACUUCCACGAAGCAGGGGAUGAUCUGGUGUACUUUUUGCCGGCGAAUUUUGUACCGACGCCGGAGGGGUUCUUGCCGGCCGUGAAGCAUCCGAAUGUGAGGGCGUGGGCGUUGGAGGUGCAUUCACUUUGGAAAAACUUGAGCCGGAGAGUCUCGGAUGACGUCCGGAAGCAGCCGGACUUUCAUACUCUGCUUCCUCUGCCGGCGCCGGUCGUGAUUCCAGGGUCCCGGUUUUUGGAGGUUUAUUAUUGGGAUUCUUACUGGGUAAUCAGGGGUUUGCUAGCAAGUCAAAUGUAUGAUACUGCAAAAGCAAUUGUGACUAAUCUUCUUUUCCUCAUAGAUCAAUAUACUUAUGUCCUCAAUGGUGCUAGGACCUAUUGCACCAAUAGAAGCCAGCCUCCUCUCCUAAGUGCAAUGAUUCGUGCGAUAUACAAUCGGACUGCUGAUAUAGAGUUUGUUAGGAAGUCUCUCCCUGCACUUCUCAAAGAAUAUGAAUUUUGGCGUUCAGAUAUACAUGAGGUGACAAUCCAAGAUGCUCAAGGUUGCAUUCACCAUUUAAGUCGAUACUAUGCAAUGUGGAACAAACCCAGACCAGAGUCUUAUACUAUUGACUAUCAAACUGCUUCCAAGCUCUUGAAUGAUACUGAAAAGCAAAAAUUAUACCGUGAAUUGGCUUCCGCUGCAGAGUCUGGAUGGGAUUUCAGUUCAAGAUGGAUGAGAAACAGCUCCGACCUCACAACCUUGGCUACAACAUCAAUUAUACCUGUGGAUCUGAAUGCUUUCAUAUUGGGAAUGGAAAUUGAUAUAACCUUCCUGGCAAAUGUAAUUGGAAACAAUAGCUUAGCUGCACGUUUUUCUGAAGCUUCCCAAAUGAGAAAAAAGGCAAUGAACUCUGUAUUUUGGAAUGAAAAGAUGCAACAAUGGCUUGAUUACUGGCUCAGUGAUAGCUUCAAAUGCAAAAAGGGAGCUGAAUCAUGGAAGGCUUGCAACCAGAAUCAGAAUAUAUUUGCUUCGAACUUCAUUCCUUUGUGGAUUGAGUCAUUUCACUCAGAUGUUUCUUUGGUGGGCAAUGUUAUGAAGAGCUUCCAAAGUUCAGGCCUGCUCCAUGAUGCUGGCAUCGCAACCUCGUUGACAAAUUCAGGACAACAAUGGGAUUUUUUAAAUGGUUGGGCACCCAUUCAACACAUGAUUAUUGAAGGUUUGGUGCGGUCUGGAUUAAAAGAGGCAAGAUCCUUCGCAGAAGACAUCGCCGUGAGGUGGCUAAGAUCCAACUAUGCUGGCUACAAGAAGACGGGUGCAAUGCACGAAAAAUAUGACGUAGAAGCCUGCGGAAAAUCUGGAGGUGGCGGUGAAUACAUCACCCAGACUGGUUUCGGAUGGACGAACGGGGUUGCAUUGGCAUUGUUGGAGGAAUUCGGAUGGCCUCAGAAUAGAGCAAUAGAUUGCCCGGCCGGGAGCUGGGAGAACUAAUGAUACAACUUUGAUGAACUAGGAUGGCAAAGCAGGAUUCAUCUGGGAAUCAGAAUAGAAGUGGUGGGAUUGAUUCUUAUAUGUUAGAUUACCACUUUACCUAAAAGUUUAAGUUGUUAAAUUGUGGGUAAACAAUGUAUAUCAAGCUUUAACACUUCCUUACAUGUGUAGUCCGGCAGCAUGUGGAGAGAUAAACACAUAAUAAAUUUUUAAAUACCAUAUAAUAAAUGCGAGCGACGAGACUUGAGCCUA